AUGGAGCUCUUCACUGCAGCAGAAGAUCUCAAAUUCUUCAAUCCAAAUCAAAUCAUCAAGGAAGCAGUGAAGAUCCCAGCCAAAUCAUCUCCAGUAAAAUUCUUUUUCAUUACCUUAACCCUCAUUCUCCCACUUUCGUUGAUGCAGUUAUUACUUGAAACUCAUAGUUUUAUCCUCUACUACAUCUUUGUCGAUUACUUUUACGGUCAUGAAAUUGAUCAUUCGUCUCCUUCGUAUAAACAAUUCAUCCGCACUUACUCCAUCCAUGAGUUCUUCUACAUUCUUUCCCUCUUCCUCUUCUCUAUUCUCUCUACCUCCGCUAUUGUCUUCACAGUAGCUUCUCUCUAUGCAUCCAAGUCUGUCUCCUUUAUCCCCACUCUCUUUGCAAUCCCUCGCAUAUUUAAACAUCUUAUGAUAACCUUCUUCUACGUCUUACUUCUGAUGAUAGUGAACUACUCGGCUUACUACAUUCCUCUUUAUGUCUUGGCUUCGACGAAUAUUAAUGGAGCUCUGUUCUGGGGUGUUAGUAUCAUAUUUGCUGUCAUAUACGAUCUUGUUCAUAUCUAUGUUACAGCGCAAUGGCAUUUAGCAAGUGUGAUUUCUGUUCUUGAAGCAAAUGGUUAUGGCUUGGCAGCCAUGAAGAAGAGUACACAACUCUUACGAGGGAGAACUGGUAUCGCUUUCGGACUUGCAAGUUUAUACUUGCAGGCUACAUGGACAACUGAGUUUGUGUUCGAGUUUACAAUGGAGUCUAAUUUACAUUUCUUGGUUAAUCUUUUGUUGGGAUUCCUGUGUUUGUUCAUGUUGGUGGCAGUUAAUCUCACAGGGCUGUUGGUUCAAAGCGUCUUCUACUAUGCCUGUAAAAGUCAUCACAAUCAAGUGGUUGAUAAGAAGGUUUUAUAUGAUCAUCUUGGUAGUUAUGAUCUCGGUGAUAAGGCUGUAGCGUUGAAUCCCAGUACUGGCGGUACGGAGAUGCAAAGCUUGGUCAAAGAUCAAGAGAGGGUAGGUUAUCAGCCUGUUGCGUUGAAUGCAACUACUGAAAGUAUCAAGAUGCAGAGAUCAGUCAAAGAUCAUGACACGGGGGGAGACCAGAAUGUUUAA